AUAGAAAUAUGAGAAAGCUGACAGAAGCCGCUCGAAGUGGUCGAUAAAGCCGUUUUGUUGUAUUUAAUCUUCCUUCUGUACACAUUGUUGGGCCUCCGCGCGUUUUAGAAACAAUAAGAAGAUGUUUGAGUGAAUAUAAGUGCCGCUGAUUACCUCCUUUUAUUCUCGUCUCAGUGCACUUUAAGGCUUCCCGCGUUAGCUUAGCUUGCUAGCUGCUGACAAAGAGACGCAGAAGUGACCAACGCGCCGCUAAACACUAAACAGCGAUCAGAUGUGAGUAUAAAGUGAUAUAAAGUGUUGUGGUUGUGUUAACGAAUGAUGGAAUAGAGGGAGGAACUUUGUGGAACAAAAAGAGGAGACCGGAGACAACGUCAACUGCUGGACAAACAAACAUCAAGAACAGCAGCAAGAGUGGACCUCCAGGAUGGAGCAGGAGGUACCAGGGACCCCCCACAUUAAAGAGGAAGAGGAGGAGCCACACAUUAAAGAGGAAGAAGAGGAACACAGCAUCAGUCAGGGGAGAGAGCACCUUGAGGGACUGGAGGAGUUCCCAGUGACUGGUGUCCCUGUGAAGAGUGAAGGACAUGAGGUCAAAGGUGAAAGUGAGGAGCAGAGAGGGGCGGAGCCUCCAAGCAGCAGCUCAAGUCAACACAUGACAACAGAAGGUGACGGUGGAGACUUAGCUCCACUGUCAGAUAGCGACGAGACGACGUCUCACUCUUCUCACACGGAUGAUGAAGACUCUAAAGCGGAUCGGACUAGCUUGAAAUGUUCUCACUGUGACAAGACUUUUGUCAACAAGUCAACUUUGAACACACACGUGACGAGUCACGCGGGCGAGAAACCGUUCAGAUGCACGUUUUGCAGUAAAAGAUUCUCUAUCAAAGGACGUAUGAUAGCGCACACGAGAACCCACACCGGAGAAAAACUCUACGGCUGCUCGAUGUGCGACAAGAGGUUUUCUCACCGCUCGGCCUUUGCGCGACACAAGCGAGCCCACGCCAGCGAGAAGCCCUUCACCUGCAACGUUUGCGGGAAAUGCUUCGCUUUCGUCGGAGGUCUGGAAACCCACCUGCGAACUCACACCGGUGAAAAACCCUAUUCUUGCUCCGUCUGCAACAGAGGUUUCUGCGACCAUUCGUCGUUUGUCCGACACGCGAGGACGCACACGGGGGAGAAACCAUAUUCUUGUGCAGUCUGCGGUCGGCGUUUCACUCAGACGUCGGCGCUGGUCAAGCACACGCGAAUACACACCGGGGAGAAACCUUUCAUCUGCUUAGUGUGUGGCCUGAGAUUAACCCAGAAGUCGCACCUGACAAAACACAUGAGGACGCACACCGGCGAGAAAGCCUUCAGUUGCCGCGUGUGUGAUGAGAGGUUCUCUUACAAGUACCAGGUGGACAGUCACAGGUGUGCUGGUGAGAAGACACAACGUAACACUCGUUAGAUGUCAACAUUGCCUUCACACACAUCACUGCAGGGGUCCCCAAACUGGAAGAUAGGACUAAAGUUUUACAACAGUUUGUAUGUACCGUAUUUUCCGCACUAUUAGCCGCACCUAAAAACCACAAAUUUACUCAAAAGCUGACAGUGCGGCUUAUAACCCGGUGCGCUUUAUAUAUGGAUUAAUAUUAAGAUUCAUUUUCAUAAAGUUUCGGUCUCGCAACUACGGUAAACAGCCGCCAUCUUUUUUCCCCGUAGAAGAGGAAGUGCUUCUUCUUCUACGCAAGCAACCGCCAAGGUAAGCACCCGCCCCCAUAGAACAGGAAGCGCUUCUUCUUCUACUGUAAGCAACCACCCGCCC